CUUGUGCCAUCACAACGGGAUGCUAACCAGGGUGACAUGAUUGGCAGCAGCGUUACAAUUAUUAUUAUUAUUAUUAUUCCUGCCGUUAUGAAUUGCUCACAUGUUUGCGAGAUACCUUACAGUUAGCUUCCUCGGAGCCUCUACGUUACGGCGGCGUCGCUUUCUUUCAUCGACCUCUCAACUCGGCUUUGGGAGCAACGAAGGAAAUGAGCCAUCCGAGCGUCCGCCUUUGGACCCCCAAACACGUGGCAAAAUGGCUGAAGGAGGAGGGCUUCUGCGACUACGUGGACCUGCUGUGCUACAAACACCGCUUGGACGGCACCAGCUUGCUCGCCCUCAGCGAAUACGACCUCCGCUCCCCACCUCUGGAGCUCAAAGUGCUCGGCGACAUUAAACGCCUCAUGGUGUCAAUUCGUAAACUCCAGAAGAAGAACCUGGACCUGCUGGAGGAGCUGGGUCUCCCCUUUGACGGACACUCCCCGACGGGCGCAGGGGGGAACUCGGACUGGUUGUGCAACGGCGAACCCAGGAGGGACUGCGACAGUACGGACAUGGCGCCGGUCGGCGAGGAGUACCAGCAGUACACCAACGGGAAGUACAAGCAGCAGGCGAGGAGGUUGGAUCCUGAGUACUGGAAAACGGUACUCAGCUCCGUUUAUGUGGUUUUUGUAUUUGGAUUCACCUCUUUCGUUAUGGUCAUCGUGCACGAGAGGGUCCCUGACAUGCGCACGUACCCGCCAUUACCGGAUAUCUUCCUGGACAGUGUGCCUCGAAUCCCGUGGGCCUUCGCCAUGGCUGAAGCAUGCGGUGUGAUCCUGUGCAACAUCUGGCUGCUGGUUCUCCUCCUGCACAAACAUAGGUCCAUUCUUCUACGCCGCAUGUGCAGCCUCAUGGGCACCGUGUUCAUGUUGCGAUGCAUCACCAUGUUUGUCACCUCCCUUUCUGUUCCCGGGCAACACCUGCAGUGUUCCGGAAAGAUUUAUGGCGACAUGUGGGCCAAGCUGCAACGCGCCGUGGCCAUCUGGAGCGGCUUCGGGAUGACGCUGACGGGCGUCCACACGUGCGGCGACUACAUGUUCAGCGGACACACCGUCGUCCUCACCAUGCUCAACUUUUUUGUCACGGAGUACACGCCACGGAGCUGGAACUUCAUCCACACGCUGUCGUGGGUGCUCAACCUUUUUGGCAUCUUCUUCAUCCUGGCGGCGCACGAGCACUACUCCAUCGACGUCUUCAUCGCCUUCUACAUCACCACCAGACUCUUCCUGUACUACCACACGCUGGCCAACACGCGCGCCUACCAGCAAAGUCGCCGCGCCCGCAUCUGGUUCCCAAUGUUCUCAUUCUUCGAGUGCAACGUCAACGGGCCCGUGCCCAACGAGUACUGCUGGCCCUUCACCCGGCCCGCCUUCAUGAGGAUGCUGAUCGGGUAGCAAGUAAGAUGCAUCAAUUUGAUCACUUGAUCAGCAGCAAGGCCUGAUGGAGGGGAAAAAAUGCACAUUUUAAAUCGCCCUAAUCGCCUUUUUUCCUUGCAGGAUUUAUAGAGAGUAAGAAAUCUGCCAAAAAAUUAAUGAAAUUCUUCUCCCUUUGUCUUAAAUAUGAUUCAGUUUGCCAAUUACACAUAGAAAUGUCCCACAUUUGAUGAUAAAAAUGACUUUUCUACCAACAUCAAUGAACUUUCCACAGCAUUAAUGACAGCACAUUAUUUUGUAGUUAUACUGUAGUAAGUUUUUUGUGUUUCUUGAUGUUAACUUAUUUCAUUUUUUUGUGGUAUUUUUGUACUUGAAGCAGCAACAUGCACACUAAAAUAUGUUUACAGUUGCUCAAAAGGACGCACUACCUGUUUUUUUUUAUUUUUAAGUGUUAUGAUGAUUUGUUGGCCUCAGAGUGAAAGUUGCCUCCUGCAGUAGUCGGCAAAAAAAAUGUAACUAAGUAAAACUUAAUGAAACCAUUAAGCCCCGACAGAACCAUGUUACUUUUCAUGCCUCAUUGAGCCAUUUAUAUUGUGGAAUAAAAUAAAAGGAACUUGUUGAUUUUUUUUUUAUUUGUGCCUAAUUAAUGUGCAGUAUACUGAUGUUAGUUGACUAAUAGAAACACUUGAUAAAACACGACGAACCUGUUGAAUUAAUGUGGAUGUCAAUA